AUGACUGAACCAAACGCAAGGCGGAGGCGCCGUCGCCGGCUUUCCCCUUCUUCAUUUCUGCUGCCGACGCCAGCGGAGCUUUUGGUCAACGAGAUGGGCGGAACGAUUCUGACCAAUAGAAACAGUGACCCUGUUAUGUUGACUUGGUCACAGAGCUCAAAAGGCAGUGCAAAUGAGUCGGUGGGGGGAGAAGCUGCACCUGCGGCUGGCGUUGCAGCUGCUGAUGCUGUAGCAAAACAAACCGUUCUAGCGGCGCCACCUGCACAGGCAGUUGAAGCCGAGCAGGACGGCCCUGCCCCUGCCGGCUUAGUGAACCCGGAAACAGCAGCACCAGCAGCAGAACCAGCAGCAGUCUGCGAAACAGCACCUAUUUCGGUCGAUCCUGGCGCCGUGUAUGGAGAGCUGAGGCAGCAAAUGUUGUGUGUUCAGGUGUAUGCACGCCAGACAGAACUACAAACACCGCUAGCUUCGCCUCGCCAGAUAGGAAAAGCCAGCUCUCCUGUGGUGGUGCUAGAAGGGGGCCCCCAAGCGGCUCCCUCCUCUCAACAGAAACACGGCUUCAUACAAGAGCCGAUGUCUCCCCCGCCGCUACCUGAUGAAGAGCAGAGAGAAAACGAAUGGCAUCCAAAGAUAGAUGUUCUAUCCCCCAGAAAAGGAGACGCAAGGCCGCUCGAUGAUGAAGGGAUUAUGCUGCGCACGCGGGCCCUGCUGCAGGACAGAGAUAUGAAGCUCUUCAGCAUGUCUCUCGCUCGGUCUUCACAGGCGAGUCAGCUCAGCUUAUAA